AAAUCAUACCAAUGGCUCCUAGAUUUGGUGGUGCUCCCAAUUGUGCUAGAUGUCAAAAAGCCGUUUACAUGGCAGAACAGGUUAUUGGUCCUGGUGGUGCUUAUCAUAAGACAUGUCUUACUUGUAAGGAAUGUAAUAAACGAUUGGACUCAACAACUUUGGCAGAACGUGAAGGAGAAGCGUAUUGUAAGGUGUGCCAUAGUCGUUUAUUCGCUGUUACAAAAGGUUAUGGGUUCGCUGGUGGAGCAGCUUUUCUUUCUACAGAAGAUAAAACACCAAAAGAAAUCCUUGAAAUGAAAAAACAUGAAUUAUCUUCACCAUCAUUACCACCUAGAAUGAAUAUCAACAAUAGUACGCCAAACUUACCGCCACGUCCAAGUAAUUUUGAAUUACAACAACCUUCUUCUAGUACAGGUAUUGUUAAUUCCAAUGAUCCACCUCCUUCUUCGUUUUGGUCCAAGAAAACUUCGAUUCAACAACCAAAUUUACCACCUCGUCCAUCUAUUCCUACUACUACUACUACUACUACUACUUCUACUACUUCUACAAGCAAACCAUCUUAUGUACCUUAUCAAACAGGAUAUGUUCCAAAAAAACUCAAUUUUGGUGUGCAAAAUGAUAUUUGUACCAAAUGUGGAAAAGCCGUUUAUGCUGCAGAAUUGGCAUUAGGAGCGGGUAAUAAGUAUCACAAACUCUGUUUAAAGUGCUGUCAAUGCGGCAAGUUAUUGAAUUCUACUAAUAUGCAAGAUCGCGAUCAUGAUCUCUAUUGUCGGGGAUGUUAUUCAAAAUCAUUUGGUCCAAAGGGAUAUGGUUAUGGAAAUCUCUUAACUCCUGAAGGUGCAACUAGAUAAUAGUUUAGUUUUAUAUUUAUAUUGAAAAAUAAAAAAAAGAUCACAAAUUGUACCUUUGUAACAUUUGGUGGAAUGGAAA